ACAACUUAAAAGCAAAAUGCUUCUCUAUAUUGUAGUUGUAUCAUCAAUUGUGGCCAUUGCAAAUGCUAUAAAAGUAGCUCCAUUAACAAAUCCUUGUAGUCAAAAAUCGUUCGACUUGAAUGAAUGCAUUUCUAUUAAAUUAGAUGAUGCAAAACCGUAUCUACUGGAUGGAAUACCCGAAUUAUCCAUACCUAGUUUAAAACAUAUCUAUAUUCCGUACUCGUAUCUGAACAGAUCCAACUAUGAAUUCGGAGUAUGGAACUACGAUAUUACAGGUCUUGAAAAUUUCAAUAUCCUAAAAGUUGACGUAGAUCCAAAAGAGAACAUCUUUAAAAUCGAAAUCGAAUUUCCAUAUGGUGAAGGUAAUGGUUCGUAUGGAUUCAAAGGCAAUUUGUUUAAUUUGAAUUUUGAUGGCACCGGACCAAUCAAAGUGAAUGGAACAACAUUAAUUGUAAAUUUAGUACUGAAAACCAAGGUAGUUCAACGUAAUGGUCACAAUUACUUGGAGAAGGUAAACAGCCAUGUGAAUGCAAAAAUACAUGGUAGCUUUUAUAUGUAUCUUUAUAACUUGUAUUCGGGAAAUACAAUGAUUACGGAAAUUAUGAAUCUAGUUAUAAAAGACAAUAGUUUUUAUAUGUUCGAACUGGUUGCUCCAAUUCUAGAAAACCAGAUAAAAAGUCUUCUCGAUAAAGCUAUUGACAAUGUCUUCAAAACUUAUACCUACGAAGAGCUUUUACCUUAAGUUAUAAUUAUGUUAUACAUACAAAUAUGUUUGUAUUUCCAUUGUUAACUUUCCUCUUUCCAUA